AGUAAAACAUAGUUAAAAGUUUCCAUAAUAUAAAAUAAGACAAGUAAAAAUACAGCCGUAAAAGAAAAAUGGAGGUUGUAAUAAAAUACGGAGGGAGAGUACAACACAAUUGUAUUUUCUUGUUGGGCCAAACCAUCCUUAUCUUCUAACCUACAUUGUUGGGCCUAGAGAUUCAACAGGCUCCAACCUCAAGAAAAAGAAAUUAAAACCAUGCAAAAAUAAAAUAAACCAUUUCGUUCAUAUGUGUUGACUGCUUAAGCUCCCUAACCUCAACAAUCCAACACGUGCCAAAUUCCAGCUUUACGUGGCAUACGAAUAACUUGCCACCUUUUCUUUCCUCUUACAACCUCAAACCCUUUAUAGUUAACAUAACAUCAUCUUCAAUUUCUUCAACCAAUUAUUUACAAUUAGUGUUACACCGAUCGAAAAAAAUAAGUUGAAAUCUUAUCUUAUUUUUUUGUUGGAAGAAAAAUCAAAUAUUAAUUAGCUUUAGUUUUUGUAAUGGCGUCUAUGUUUAUAGUGAAGAACACCUUUUUGAAGGUUACGAAAGUUGGUUUACCUACACAAGUUGCUAAUCUUUACCCUCGUAAAGUUUCACGGGUUUGCUUCACUUCUGCCUCUAGAUUUAACGAGCAAUAUGCUCGAGAUAAUGAAGACGAAAAAUCUGCUGACAGAAUCAGGCAAGCGCGACAAGUUUACGAGAGCGACGAAGAAGCCAAGGAGGUAGAGAGGAAAUACUCCGAAAUGAAGCAAAAAGCAAAUGACACUGCCAACGAUGUGAAAGAGAAGGCCAAGGAGAGUAGCCGACAAGCCGGCGAAGCAUGGCAGGAAGCCAAGGACAGAGCAAAACAGGGCGCGGAGGCAGCAAAACAAAAGGCCGAAGAAGGCAAGAAUCGUGCAAGCGACACAAUGUACAAUGCAAAAGAAAGGACCAAGGAUACGGCAGACUGGACUGCCGACAAGGCAAAGGAAGGAGCCAAUAGAGUCGGAGACACUAUGCAACAUGCAAAACACAAGACCAAGGAGGCAAUGCAAGAUGCAAAAGAAAUGACCGAGGAUACGGCGGGUUGGACAGCCGAUAAGGCGAAGGAAGGGGCCGGGAAGGUGGGAGAGGCGGUCCAUAAUGUGAAUGAGAAGGUUAAGGAGACGGCGAAGGGGGCGUGGGAGACAGCGAAGGAUGCUACACAAAAGGUUAAGGAGACGGUGGUAGGGAAAGAUGAGGAGAGCAAAAGGGUGGAUGAAUAUUUGGAUGAUCAUUUGCCUAAGCGUCCCGAGGAUGUUUGGCGUGACGAAAAAAUACGUGGUGAUCGUCCUUAAAUUAAUUGUAUGUGUUGAUGGCUUGUGUUGAUCUAAAAUGCUUUUGUGCUUUGUGUUGCACUUGUCUAGAUAGGGAAAAAAAUGGCCCAUGCUAUGUGACAUUGGUCCAAGUAUAACUUUGGAUAUGAUCAAUAAUUUGGGACCUUUGAUCAAUGUAUUUUGUACCUUAGCUUGUAUUAAAAUAUGUCCCAUUACAAUUUUCUUUA